AUGUCAAGAGCGGUGGUUGUAUCUUCUAGAGCUGCUGUUUCCUUGAACCCUCAAUGGUCCAUGGGUCAGGUGGAGGAUGAGAGUUGUUGGCCUAAUUCGAAAUACUGCAGAAGAACUAAUAUUGUGGCUCAUUUUACAGCCUCAUGGUGCAUGCCGUCGGUGGCAACGAAUCCUUUCAUCGAGGAACUGGCACCAAUUGACCAGGAUAUACUGUUUCUCACAGUUGACGUUGAUGAUGUCAAGGAGGUAGCAACCAAAUAUGAGGUAAAAGCCAUGCCAACAUUUUUGCUGAUGAAAGAUGGUGCUCAAGUUGACAAGAUAGUGGGUGCCAAUUCAGAUGAGAUAAAGAAAAGGAUAGAAGGUCUUGUUCAGUCCGCUCAUGUGUAUGUGGCCUAGUACUCAUACUAUGCUCAUUUUGUGUAGUUUGCAAAACAUGUGGAUAUUAUAUUUUUGCUUUAAAUUUGGACGCUGACUCAGUGUGAUUAUGGCUUGUUUUUCAAUCUCGAACUAUGAAAUAUUA